UGGAGAGGGCGAGAGGAGGGGAAAAGAAAACCCCAAACCACCCCAAAGCCCAGCGCAGAGGCUGCGAGCCGGGCGGGAUAAGGGGGUGCGUGCGAGCCGGGCGGGAGAGGCGGCCCGGCGGAGCCCGCCAGCCGCCGCAGCCGAAGAUACGAGCUCCUGUUCUUAAAUUGUCUUGAACAAACUGAAAACGUUGCCACUGAUAGGCGGAAUUUGGAGGAAAUUGAUUAGAAAACACUGCACUUUGGUCUAAAGUUUGCAUGUGCCAAACUGGUUUCUGCACUAGCGCACGCUUCAGACUGGGCUUGCUUCUGGACUGCAGAUACAGGUCCACAGAGUUUGAAGAAAUGGGCACAAAUCGCUGCAUGUAAUAAAGAGACUGGGGUAGCGAUGGUGCGGGGAGAGCAUCAGUGAGUGUAGGUUGCCCCUUUACCAUGUUCCAGAAAGUUCUUCCAGCGGGUGGAGUUCAUUUCUUUUGUUCUUGGGAGCUGAGAAGGAGAAAGGGACAUUUCAGCUUUUCUUGAUAAAGAUUACACCAUCUUACUUAAACUGCAAGACACGAAUAUUUCUUGAACAUUAAGAGCUUUUCAGCCAAUUUUCUAGACAACAUGCCCUUGCGAAGUUCUGGCAAGUUGAGCAUGGAGACCAGAAGAGAAGAUGGUGAGAGCACAGCACCUGCCCCGCCGCAGAAGAAGCUGUCCUGUCAGUGCCACCACCACUGUCCUGAGGAUUCAGUCAACAGCACUUGCAGCACUGAUGGCUACUGCUUCACCAUAAUAGAAGAAGAUGAGUCCGGCGGACAUUUAGUCACCAAGGGAUGUCUUGGAUUAGAGGGCUCAGACUUCCAGUGUCGGGACACUCCUAUUCCACACCAAAGAAGAUCUAUUGAAUGUUGCACAGGCCAAGAUUACUGUAACAAACACCUUCAUCCUACACUGCCACCACUGAAAAAUCGAGACUUUGCAGAAGGAAACAUUCACCAUAAGGCCCUGCUGAUCUCCGUGACUGUUUGCAGUAUACUUCUGGUGCUUAUCAUCGUAUUCUGCUACUUCAGAUACAAACGCCAAGAGACGAGGCCUCGCUACAGCAUCGGGCUGGAGCAGGAUGAGACCUACAUUCCACCUGGAGAGUCCCUGAAGGAUUUGAUCGAGCAGUCCCAGAGCUCAGGGAGCGGCUCCGGGCUCCCUCUCCUGGUUCAAAGGACCAUCGCAAAACAGAUUCAGAUGGUAAAGCAAAUCGGAAAAGGUCGCUAUGGAGAAGUCUGGAUGGGAAAGUGGCGUGGCGAAAAGGUAGCCGUGAAAGUGUUUUUUACCACGGAGGAGGCCAGCUGGUUCAGAGAAACAGAAAUCUACCAGACUGUCCUGAUGAGGCAUGAAAAUAUUCUCGGAUUCAUUGCCGCAGACAUUAAAGGUACAGGGUCUUGGACCCAGCUGUAUCUCAUCACUGACUAUCAUGAGAACGGCUCACUGUAUGAUUACCUAAAAUCUACUACCUUGGACACAAAAGCCAUGCUAAAACUGGCUUAUUCCUCUGUUAGUGGAUUGUGCCACCUGCACACGGAGAUCUUCAGUACUCAGGGCAAACCCGCUAUUGCCCACCGUGACCUAAAAAGUAAGAACAUCCUGGUGAAAAAGAAUGGCACCUGCUGUAUAGCAGAUUUGGGCUUGGCUGUUAAAUUUAUCAGUGAUACAAACGAGGUAGACAUACCUCCAAAUACCCGUGUAGGAACAAAACGCUAUAUGCCUCCUGAGGUGCUGGAUGAAAGCUUGAAUAGAAAUCACUUUCAGUCGUACAUCAUGGCUGAUAUGUACAGUUUUGGACUCAUCCUUUGGGAGAUAGCAAGGAGAUGUGUUUCAGGAGGAAUAGUUGAGGAAUACCAGCUUCCAUACCACGACCUUGUGCCCAGCGACCCCUCGUACGAGGACAUGCGCGAGAUUGUGUGCAUCAAGAGGCUACGCCCUUCGUUUCCCAACAGAUGGAGCAGUGAUGAGUGCCUACGGCAGAUGGGGAAGCUGAUGAUGGAGUGCUGGGCUCACAAUCCUGCCUCCCGGCUCACAGCCCUGCGGGUCAAGAAAACACUUGCCAAAAUGUCAGAAUCGCAGGACAUUAAACUCUGACUCAGCCAGAGGCAGCUCUCCUGAAGGCCCAUGGAAAUAGACUUUCUCGUGCAGGCAGAAGUCCUGAAGAGGUAUCGAAAGUCUUCGCUAUUAAGUAUCUUGAAAACAGUCAUGCUUAAGAGCAGCUGUAAGUUUGUUUGACAGCUUUUGAGGAGACUAUCCUUUGCAAAAAUCAGCUGAAUUUUGACAUAGAAGAUUGGAAGAGGCUUGUCUGCCCUUGUUUACACGGGAAAAUACAGUUUUAGUAACUGGUUUAAGAUUAUGCAUGUUGCUUUCCAUGAAAGCCACUUAUUAUUUUAUUAUUAUUAUUGUAAUUAUUAUUAUUUUGAUUGUUUAAA